AUGGCGCUCACAAUCCCGGCAACAGAGCUCGACUUAUGCAUGAGGCUCGCGCAGCCUGGCUACGCCGCAAUAAGUCUGACCAAUGAUCUUUACUCGUGGCGCAAAGAACGUGAAGACGCAGAGCAGGCUGGCCAAGAUUACGUUUUCAAUGCCGUGUGGGUGGUAAUGCAAGAACGCAAAUGCUCAGAAGACACGGCCAUAGAUAUUUGUAGAGAGGAGAUCAAGAGACACCUUUCCGAAUUCGAAGCGAACAUCGAUAGUCCGGAGACCAAGGUGCUGUCGAGGGAUACGCGGGCGUAUCUAGAGGCUGUCCGGUUAAGCCACGUUGGAAACCUCGUGUGGAGCAUAUACUGUCCGCGCUAUCAGCGAGGAGGAGUCGAACAAAUAUCUGCCCCACCGACGCAGCUUGGCGGCAGCAAAGCAUCGCGGCUCCUCGACACCAUUCUCAAGUUCCUCUUCUCCCCCUUUCAACACUUCUUCCAGGCAAGCCAGCGCCGUUUGCUCAUGCAAAAGCUUGUACGACUUGUUUCAUAG